AGGACGCGCUCCUCCGGGCAACGCCGGUUCUCGGCUCUCCGGGUCUCUCGGCAGCACCGCUGAGCCCGCCACCCUCACCAGGCUGCUGGGGACCGUCCCCAUUUCCCACGUCCUGCCGAGCGACCAUGGCAGGUGUGUCCUGAUGCCAGCCCAGCCGUCAAAGAGAAUCCCUCUGGGAGACUGAAAGGCUCAGCUCUGGAGCCUCAAGCCAGGGGCAUGGCAUCCCUCCAGGAGCUCCAAGACCCUGCCCCUGGGGAGGAGGAAGGGCUUAUGAUUGUGAAAGUGGAAGACUGCUCCUGGGAACAGGAGCCUGCCCAGUCGCUGGACAGCAGGGAUUCAGAAGCCUGCCGCCAGCGGUUCCGACAGUUCUGCUACAGGGAUGCGGGCGGACCACACGAAGCCUUCAGCCAGCUGUGGGAGCUCUGUUGCCGCUGGCUGCGGCCUGAGCUGCACAGCAAAGAGCAGAUCCUGGAGCUGCUGGUGCUGGAGCAGUUCCUGGCUGUGCUCCCAGGGGAGGUCCAAGCCCAGGUGCAGAGACAGCACCUUGGGAGUGGAGAGGAAGCUGUCGCUUUGGUGGAGGACAUACAGAAUCAGUCACUGAAAACUUGGCCACAGGGUGAGCUCUCAGAUGUGGGGCCUAAGGCAGCAGCCCAGGGACUCCAAGCCACAGGGUCUCCCCAGAAGCAGCUACGUGCACCCCAAGAGCACCAUGGCCAUGCCCAGCUCCCUGUUCUUAAAGAACGACGGACAGGAGAAAUGUUGGAUGUCUGCUUUGCCUCUGCAGUUGAUCUGCCUGGGAGACCUGAGCUGGGUCAUAGCUCCCCAUUCCAAAAAUCUGUGGCAUUGGGAGACAUCCCUUUCUAUUUUUCCCGAGAAGAAUGGAGCUCCCUGGACCCUGCUCAGAGGGACCUCUUCUGGGACAUGAAGAGAGAGAACUCCCGGAAUGCUGCCCUUGGUUUGAGACCCAAAAGCCAAAAGCCCCCUGCAGAGGAGGCAGUGACAGCAUUGUUGGGACAGACCAAAGUGCCUAUAUCCUGGAAUCCCGAGGAGGCUGAAACUGAGGUCUGGGAGAGUGGGAACCCAACGAGGACAGCCCUGGACCAGCUGGUGGUAGCGCGUCGGGGGCGGCCGCCUGCUCGCAGGCGCCAGUUUCGGAACUUAGUUACCGAGAAGCCCCACAGCUGCAAGCAGUGCGGGAAGUGCUUCCGCUGGGGUUCAGACUUAGCCAGGCACCAGCGCACACACACGGGUGAGAAGCCACACAAGUGCCCUGACUGCGACAAGAGCUUCCGCAGCUCUUCCGACCUGGUUCGCCACCAGGGCGUGCACACGGGCGAGAAGCCCUUCUCCUGUUCUGAAUGUGGCAAAAGCUUCAGCCGCAGCGCCUACCUGGCUGACCACCAGCGCAUCCACACAGGUGAGAAGCCCUUCAGCUGCAGCGAGUGCGGCAAGAGCUUCUCGCUGCGCUCCUACCUGCUAGACCACAGGCGUGUGCACACAGGCGAGCGGCCGUUCGGCUGUGGCGAGUGUGACAAGAGUUUCAAGCAGCGUGCACACCUCAUUGCGCACCAGAGCCUGCACGCCAAGAUGACCCAACCCGUGGGGUGAGCCCAUGGUGGGACCUAAGCAGCCUCCCUUCGCCCCUCUGUGACUCUCACAGAAUCUCUUCCUUCCCCCUGGGGAAUUCUCCACUCACCUGUGACCACUGCCAGCCUGUCAAAGGGACACAAGGCCUCCUGUACUCUGAACUGGCCUGCCUGCUCCCAGGACCCUGCCACCGUGUCUCCCCUCCCUGCUCUGGAUUUCUCUUCCGUUUCCUGGAGCUUCAUAGUUUCCAGUUGAGGACCAGGUGGUAUGAGGGCUCAGGCAGGACCUCGGGUUUUCCAGAACCCUCCAGCCUUGCUUGGGCAGAGGCUCUUUGUUUCUUAUUUUCUUAUGUGGACCCAUCAGCCUGGCUAAGCCUCUGCCCUGUGUACUUGUGCCUUCCAGUGGGGACUGGCCUCCGUCCUCAGGGGGGCUGCUGGGUUUUGGCCUUGGGAAGGGCCCACACCAAUGGGGAUGUAGGUCCUGGGUUCCAUCACAGCAGCUUCUUGGCCUCCACUGUCUCCCCACCCCCUUCCAGCCUGUGACCAUUCUGUCAUGCUCUGACCCCAGGAAGCUGCCUAGUUGUUCUGCUCUGAUCCCUGAGAUACACUACAGGUCUGGAGGUUAGUGGAGGUGGUAGCUAUAGCAACAGGCUGACUGGAGAACACCCAGUCUUCCAGACGUGUGGUUUUUGUUGUACUUAACACUAGCACUCCACCACACUUUGUAGCUGACUCCUCAAGCACUAUAUUUCCAUGUUUUAAAUCUGCAUUGUGUGCAGAUUCACAUUAACAGGGACAGACCAUGGCCCUAAAGAAGGACUCAGCCCAGUGAGCUUCAGAAGAGUUUGAAUAAACGUGGAAAAUUUUUGAGGCUAC